AUGGAAAAAGAUCCCAACCAGGAAAAGGGUCUUGUGGAUGUUGAAAGAUCGAAGGAGAUCUACCACAAUCUGAAUCAGAAGCUUAGUCGGGAUGGCAAUGAGCAUUCUAAAAGAAGCUCUUCAGAUGCUACAGUAGCUGAAGAUGGCAGUUUUGAUCUGCAAGAUUUUGUGAAUAACGAGAAGCAGGGAUUAGAGAAGGUUGGAAAGACACCUAAACCUAAUAUGGGUAUUGCCUGGAAGGAUCUAACCGUUAAGGGGGCGGGUGGUGGAUCCACUUUCAUCAAGACGUUUCCGGACGCAGUUAUCGGCACACUGGGCCCUGAUGCGUACCACUUCGUUACCCAGUACAUUCCUCAGCUGAAUAUCUUCGGCAAAAGUCCCCCAGUGCGCAACCUCAUCAACUCAUUCAACGGCACAUUAGGUGGAGGAGAAAUGAUGCUUGUUUUGGGCAAACCAGGCUCAGGUUGCACUACAUUUCUUAAAGCCCUCGCCAAUAAAAGAGAAGGAUUUGUAUCUGUGGACGGUGACGUUGAUUACGGCGGAUUAUCUCCUGAAGAGGUUAACGAGAAAUUCCGUGGUGAAGUCGUCAUGAAUGGCGAAGAAGAUAUUCACUUCCCCACCCUCACCGUCGCGGAGACUCUAGCAUUCGCCAUCAAGCAGAAAACACCCCGUGUCCGUCCAAAUGGCAUGAGGCGAUCGCAAUACGUCAAUUACGUCCUCGAUGCCGUUCUCAAGAUGUUUGGUAUUGAGCACACGGCCAACACGCUAGUCGGAAACGACGUAGUUAGAGGUGUCUCAGGUGGUGAGCGCAAGCGUGUUUCUAUAGCCGAGACAUUAGUUACGAGGGCGUCGGUUAUGUGUUGGGACAACUCUACCCGCGGUUUAGAUGCCACGACUGCUGUUGACUACGUGAAGAGCCUUAGAGUAAUCACAGAUCUUACCGGAGGCACAUCCAUAGCAACCCUUUAUCAGGCUGGUGAGGGUAUCUACGAGCUCUUCAACAAGGUCUGCCUUAUUGCUGAAGGUCGCUGUAUCUACUUUGGGCCAGCCAACGAAGCUGUGGCUCAUUUCGAGGGCUUGGGUUACUACAAACCACCCCGUCAGACUUCGGCGGAUUUCCUCACUGGUAUCACAGACGUACACGAGCGUACUAUCCAGGAAGGCUGGGAAAGCCGUGCUCCACGUUCGGCAGAAGAGUUCGAAGAGGCGUUUAGGAAGUCGCAGAACCACCACUCUGCUGUUGCUUCAGCGGAUGAGGCCAUCACUGCUGAAAAUAUCAAUCUGGAGACGUUUAAGCAUUCUGUGCGUGAAGAUAAGAAGAGACGUAUGGCCAAAUCAUCACCGUACACAGUAUCCUACUUGGAGCAAAUAUACUACUGCUUUAUUCGUGAACUUCAGUUGCAGAGGAGUCAACUGGGCGCUCUCAAGACCAAGUUUGCAACCAUUAUAUUCAGUGCUCUAACUAUCAGUUCAUUGUUCUACGAGCAGGGCUUCACGUCGCAGGGAGUUGUCGCCAAGGCCAGUACUCUAUUUUACAGCACCGUUUUCCUCUGCUGGGUUCAGCUUAGUGAAGUCUUUGCUGCUUGCGCUGGACGUCAAAUAAUCAGCAAACACGCGGACUUUGCUCUUUAUCGACCAAGUGCAGUCACAAUAGCAGCGUUCAUGGUCGACGCUCCCGUAAUUCUUGCCGGUAUUUGCGUGUUUUCGGUCAUCACUUACUUUCUUGGCUCUCUGGACCCAGAUGCGGGCAAAUUUUGGACCUACUUCUUGUUUAUCACUGUCAAUGCCAUCACAUUCAACCAGCUUUUCAAGGCUAUAGCAGCCUUUUGCAGUAAUUUUGGAUCGGCUAUAAGAUAUUCAGUUUGCCUGCUCAAUAUUGCCUUUACCUUGGCUGGAUACACCAUUCCCCGCUAUGACAUUGGCUGGUGGUAUAAAUGGAUCACCUGGGUUAACGUGCUUCCCUACACUUUCCAAGCUUUGAUGGUCAGUCAGUUCAGGGGUAUUGACAUAUCAUGCGAUACACCAGAUAUCGUUCCGAGAGGUGUGCCUGGAGCGGAUGUUCCCUAUCAAACCUGUGCAGUCCAAGGUGGAAGACCUGGCAGCCUCACGGUUCGCGGUGAAGAUUACGUUGAGGCAAACUACGGUUACACACACUUAUGGCCGUUCUUGGGUUAUCAAUUCUGUUUCUUGGUUGGAUACUUACUCUUCACUGCAUUGGCAUCUGAAUAUCUCAGCAGCACUGCUGCUUCUGGUGGUGUAACCGUCUUUGCCAAGACCAAAAAGGGCGCAGAGAAGGCCAAACAGGCUGAGAGUAAUCUUGUAGGUGAUAUUGAGAGCGGACCCGGCCAGCAAGUCAACGAAAAGGGCCAAGUCGAGAAGGAGGUUGACGUUGGAGCCAUAAAACCAUCUGUGGCGGAUUUUACUUUCAAGGACGUAUCUUACACCGUCCAGACUCCCGAUGGAGAGAAGCUACUGCUUGAUCGCGUCACUGGCUACAUCAAACCUGGCACAAUUACUGCUCUUAUGGGUGCUUCCGGUGCUGGUAAAACGACUCUUCUCAACACGCUCUCGCAGAGAAUGUCUAUGGGUGUUGUUACCGGAGAUAUGCUGAUUGAUGGGAAACCACUUGAGCUUAACUCAUUCCAAAGAGGUACCGGCUAUGUUCAACAAGGUGACUUACACGACGCAUUUGCUACUGUCAGAGAAUCAAUUCAGUUUUCAGCUAUUCUCAGACAGCCACGCGAAACUCCUCGCGAAGAAGUUUUGGCAUAUGUUGAUCAAAUUAUCCACCUACUCGAACUCGAUGACCUUGAGGAUGCCAUUAUCGGUUCACCAGGUGCUGGAUUAGGUGUAGAACAGCGCAAGAGAGUAACAAUUGCUGUUGAGCUGGCUGCAAAGCCAGACGUCUUGCUCUUCCUCGAUGAACCUACGUCUGGUCUAGACUCUCAAUCCGCCUACUCCAUUGGACGUUUUAUGAAUAAGCUCGCAGAUGCCGGUCAAGCUAUCCUAUGUACUAUUCACCAACCAUCGAGUUUACUCUUCACUGAGUUUUUUGAUCGUCUUCUCCUACUCGCACCUGGUGGUAGGGUGGUUUAUCAAGGUCCAGUCGGUAACAACGGUAACACCAUCGUCGAAUACUUCAAAAGAAUUGGUGCUAGGCCUUGCCAAGAACAUGAGAAUGUCGCUGAAUACGCUAUUGAAAUGGUAGCCUACAGCAAGGAUGCUCACGGAAGACCGCUUGAUUUCCCUCAAGCUUUCAAAGAUUCAGAGGAGGCAUAUAAAAUUCGUCAAGAGGUUGACAAAAUCAACGCUGAGAAAUCACAAAAACCAAGGGAGAUGUCAAAAGCAAUGACAAGAACGUACUCGCAGCCAUUUUCAGUUCAAACAAAGCUACUCAUCGGGCGAAUGAGUCGCAACUAUUGGAGGGACUCAUCUUACACAUACAGUCAGCUCUUUAUCACUGUUACAGUCGCCAUCAUGAACGGUUUCCUCUUCUUCAAAAUUGGUACCACUACAACGAAUCUUCGUGAGCGGACGUUUGCAGCUUUCUUGUUGUUGCUUUUGCCUCCUUUCACGAUUGUCUCAGCAGCUCCGAAAUAUUUCAUCAGUCACCAGCUCUUCGUAAGCAGAGAGGCACCGUCAAAAAUCUACAGCUGGCAGGCAUUCAUAAUGAGUUAUUUAAUGUCUGAGCUGCCGUACACUUUUAUGAACUCAGUAAUUUACUUCAUAAUUUCGUACUUCCCAGCUGCAUUUGCUUAUACUGCAGAUGGAGGGUUCCGACUGGGAUCGCCUGCUGGGUUGACUUUUGUUCUUACCGUUGCCGCAUUCGUAUACUCAACCUGGAUGGCAGCAUGGAUGUGCUCAAUGAGCCCAAAUCCAAAGGUCGUCAUGAACUUGAUGCCUUUUAUCAUCAUUUUGCUCUUUUUUAUUAACGGUAUUUUCCUCAACUACGCUCAACAACCGGUUAUCUGGAAGUACACAGUUUACUACCUCAACCCAUUCACAUACUAUCUAGACGGAGUUAUCGGCGCUACAGCCUCUAACGUCAGUGUUAACUGCUCAGAGAGGGAACUCGCCACUUUCCAGCCACCUCCCGGUAGUGGAACAUGCGGUUCGUAUGCGGAAUCAUUUGUUCGGUCGUCUGGUGGAUACCUCGUUGAUCCGACCGCCACGACAAACUGCCAAUAUUGUCCUAUGUCAGACUCUAGUGCCUUUCUGAAUCAAAAGCACGUCUUUACCGGCGAAGGCUGGCCAUGGGGUUACUUUGGUAUAUUUACUCUCUUUGUGCUCUUCAACUUUAUUAUGACCUUCGCUUUGUACUAUCUUACUAAGCGAGCAAAAAUCCCAAAGGCCCUAAAGAAACUUUUCUAG